AUGGGCACCAGCCAGUCGUCCGAAGCCAACGGAGUCCUGUGCAGCUCGUGCAAUUGCUCCUUGCCGCCCAACCAAUACACCUUCUUCAACUGGCACAACGCCGUUUGCAACCUCUACGCCUUCUACGACGUCGCUGGCGACAAGAAGAUCAUCAAGUACGUCCGCAUCGCCAACGAAGACAAAUGCUACAACUGUCUUCGAUUGCAUGCGGCGGGUGUCGGCACCCUCUACGGCAUCAAAGGCUGA